CGUUAAUUAGCGUAUACGUUGAGAAAGCCGAGCGAGAGAAUCGUACCGUCAAUCGGAGCCCGAAACAAUGACGCGCCAAUGCCAUUCACACGUUGCAUUCUGCUACAAAAGGCUAAUGCUAUGUAAAUAUAUAAAGUCUCGCCCAUUCAAGCGCGAUCUUCUUCUCACGCAAGAAUAGUUAAAGGCGGCCUUGUACUUGGCGUCCCGACCUUUUAGGAAAAGAGAUGAUGUACGUCAUCGCGUACCGUUACGACACACGAUCACGCCGACCGAUUCGUCAACGUUCCUCCGUGUCUCUUUGUCCCCUUUCAGGUAUCAACCGUGUCGGAACAAGUCGCGAAAUGAAUUCACAAAUGGACCGUUUGAAGAUCGCCCGACAACAAGGCUGGGCCUUCCAGCGUUCAACCACGAUCCAACUCGCGCGAAGCAGCUAUGGACGUUUGAAAAGCUGACGGGCAUAGAAGUACAUACGUACUAUCAAUUUCUAUACUGCUCCAUACCGCGUGCUCGUUUUACAAGAGGCUACGACGCCACGUCGAAAGUCUACAGUCGAACACAUCUGGAGCAAUUAUUCCGACUGACAAGAAUAAAAUGAUAGCAAUGCUGAACUAAAUGAGAAGCCAAUCGUUGUGCAAUCAGUAUGCCAACCGACAUCGUAGUUACGUCGGCCUCGGCCACGGUUUCAGAGGAGACAAGCAGAGGUCGGGACUUAGGCCUUGGACAGUCCCCAAGAUCAGGUCCCUCUUCUGCAGCCUCGUCAUCCUCCAAUUCUAGCGCGGCGUCAACUUCAAGAGGAUUUGAUCCAUCUAGCACUCUCGCCUAUCACCAUCACCGCCACAGCUUGGUAACUGGUCUAGGUCAUGCUCAUCACCGAGAAUCAUCAGCCUUUGUGCCUGUGGUGCCUUCAAGAUUACAACUCACUCCGUAUCCAGGUGAAAUACAUCCCCAUCUAUCCGGACCACCGCCCUCUUCCUCAUCGUCAACGAAUUCGGAACAUGAAGUCGGCCCUGAAUCUUCAGUAGCCAGAAAAAGCUCCUCGAGUUACGAUAUCAUGGCGAUGAUGGCCGACAAGAGAAAAGAAUUAGCGAGAGGUCUUUUACUACCACCGCAUCCUCUCCUUGAGCCACCUGGUUAUCCGGUAUUUGCUGGUCCUUUUCCAGGUAGUUCCGCAUUGUAUCCCCCAGGUGGUCCAUUAGCCCACCAGCAUCUGGAUCGAAGGUUACUCAGAGCACCUGGCAGGGCAUCUAGACCGAAGAAACAGUUUAUUUGUAAAUUUUGUAAUCGACAAUUUACGAAAUCAUACAAUCUUCUUAUUCAUGAGAGGACUCAUACCGACGAAAGACCGUAUUCUUGUGACAUAUGUGGCAAAGCGUUCAGGCGGCAGGAUCAUCUUAGGGAUCACAGGUAUAUCCACAGCAAGGAGAAGCCUUUCAAAUGUGGUGAAUGUGGUAAAGGCUUUUGUCAAAGUCGUACUUUAGCAGUUCACAAGAUUUUGCAUAUGGAAGAAUCUCCACACAAAUGCCCUGUUUGCGCGAGAAGUUUUAAUCAGCGCAGUAACCUCAAAACGCAUCUUUUAACGCACACGGACCACAAGCCUUACGAAUGUACGUCAUGCGGCAAAGUAUUCCGCAGAAAUUGCGAUCUCAGGAGACACGCAUUGACACAUGCCGUGGGCGACGUUCCUCCAGAGGCACUGGAAGAGGCGUUGAGGGACGAUGACAGUCCCGAAGAGGAUUGCCCUGAGCCUGGACCAUCUUCCUCAUCGACGUCCACAACACCGUCCGUGUCUUCUGCAUCUUCUAGUUCAUCUGGAUAUCCUUCCCAAGGAUCUUCAGUCCCAUCUGCGCCUACAGCAUCGGCCUCAGCACCACCUCUUCCUCAGAGACCUCAACUUCAGAUUAGAAGGGAUUUAUUACCCGCUGUGAAGACAUCGACGGUGACCAGCGGAGCUUCUGCGGCUCAUUCUGUCACUCAAAAUCCACCGGCUGCCCUUCCGCCACCACCCCCACUCAUUUUGGCUUCUUACCGACGAAGAAUUGGCUCCCCAGGUCCUUCCAGAGUAUUUCUAGAACUUCAAGAGCGCGAGCGCGAGAGAGAACGAGAGAUGGAGCAGAACAGAGAAAGAGAACGUAACAGGGAACGUGACAAGGAAAUAGCUAGACCACCGAGAGCACCAACACCACAACCACCACCACCACCACCUAGACCUGCACCAGCACGUCAGGGUUUUACCAUUGCGGAUAUAAUGGGUCGAUAGAAAAUUUGUCGCAGGUAGUUUUCCUGUGCUUGAAUUUCUCUUUUAUAUAUAGGCUCUAUGGAUUACACGAAGGAGAGGUACCGGUCUUUACAAAGAAUAGUCUUUCUAAAGAUUCUAUGAAUUCUAUGAUAUUUUUGGAAUGCGUAAAAAUAUGGCUAAUAACUUGUUAAAUUUGUCGAAAAAUCUUAUUUGUAUGUUAUUUAUGCAUAUGUUAUUGCAAUGCAUUUUUCAUGUAAAUAUGAGAGAAUUUAAAUGAGAGAGUUUAAACAUAAGCAGGUGAGAAAGGUAUCUUGAUAAUUUUUUAAAAAUUCUGAGUACGCGCAUAAUUCUAAAAUAGUUAUUAGACUCGGAAAAACUUAACCCUCUCAAUCCAAAAUUAUUAGGCAUAAUUAGAUAAUAUAUGCAUAUAUU